AUGACCAUAAUAAAACUAUUAAAACCACUACAGCUGACACUGGCUCUGCUAAAACCAGACAUUGUCGCACAGCCACAUAUCGUCCAGAAUAUUCGACAACUAAUUUUGGAGAAUGGGUUGUACUUUGUCCUGUCCAAGAACGUAAAACUGUCACACAGCCAAGCGGAGCUGUUUUAUGCUGAACAUCGAGGGAAGUUUUUCCAAACAAGACUGGUCUCCUUUAUGAGCAGUGGCCCACUGUGGAGUCACGUCCUGUGUGGAGAUGAUGCAAUUGUCAAGUGGAGAAGGUUGAUGGGACCGACUAAAGUACUCAAAACUGUAUUUGAUGACCCAGUGAGUAUUAGAGGGAGGCAUGGCCUCACAGAUACAAGGAACUGCACACAUGGCUCAGAUUCAGAAGAUACAGCCAGGACAGAAAUCAAAUUUUUCUUUCCUGAGUUUAGUAUAGACAAGUGGUUUGAGCAGCAGCAUGAGCUCUUCCAGCAGGACCUUGUGGAGUUUGACACCAGCCUCUGCCAGCAUGUUCCAGUCCAAGCCAACAGUUUGGGAACCUCUGAGUUCUCCUAG